GUUUUUUUAGAUCAGCUUCUCAUAAGAGGGGUGACAAAUAAUAUAAUUAUGAGGAAUGGAAACUGAAGUACGUUUUAACAUGCUGCUUCCCGGAUACUAUUCUUUGACGAAUCUAAAAUGCAAUUCUGGCAAUGUUGGCUGGCCUUUACCUUGCGAAAACAUGAACUCAGGGCCAUACAGUGAUUUCUUACUGAGGCUGGCAAUGGGAUAUGACAAGGAACAAAUAAGGAAAACUAUCCUGGAACAUGAUUCGGUAUUCAGGCAUCAGCUUCAUGAACUCCAUCGUCUUUACGGAAUACAACGGGAUUUGAUGAAUGAAAUCAAGAGCAAAGGAGGAGAAAAAUAUUUGAUUCCUCAGGCUACAUCACACUCAAAUCCGUUUUCAUGUGGCUCUAAGACGGAAGAUAAACGAAAGAGGUGGCAAACUUCAGAGUCACAUUGUUCAGAAUUGAAUUGUUUUAGGCUAUUUACAUCCGAUGCAAAUGGCAUCCACUCUCAGUUUAGUUCCUUUAAAGGAAAUGCACCAAAAUCUAGUUGCUGUUUGACUAAGAAUGGCUUAAAGUCAAAAAACUGUGAAAGUUUGGAAUCCCAGCCCAACAAGGUUCGGACUAGAUUAUUUGAACUUGAAUCUCCAGCCGGGGAAUAUAUUAACAAUGAAGGUGGAGCUCGAGGAGUGUCUGCAAAAGGGAGUUACGAGGUUUCUGGUGAGAGGAAUGGAAACUUAUCAAUGCUCUAUGAUAGCAAUUAUAGCUCUAAUGGUGAAGCUACUAGUUUUGAUUUAAAAUUAAAGAGAACUCGUGGUUUCACCGAUUUGAAUGAACCUAUUCCGGUUGAGGAAUCAUCUAGUUCAGCUUGUGUUGGUAUUCCGACUAACGUUAGUUGCUCAAAAAAGGAGGUCCAAAGGAAGGAUCUAUUGUCUAUGUCGCAGCUGCUUCUAGCCUUCAACCAAAGGGGUGUAGAAGUUUUCCCAGAACCCGGUAAAGCAAGGGAGAGAUGGAUUAGUCUUAUUAAUCCAGAUUUGGAGGUUGGAAGCAGGCAAAAUGGGGGAGGGUUCUCUAAUAAAUUUGAAAAUGGACAACCUAGAAGCAAUGGAAGUUUUCAUCCUGAAGAUUUGCAAGCCCCACACAAAUCGGUACAAGUUGAAACUACCGAGGCCCGGCCUGCAAUGUUUCUUUCAUUUAAUGAGAAUAAGAGAGGAAUGUUUGGAAAACGGAAAAUUUUUGGCAUAGAAAUACCUGAAAACGGUAAUGGUGUUUCUACUGUUACAUCACAUGGACUUGAUCAGCUGUCGGUUCAUUCUUGGUCAGAUGCAGCCCAUUCUGAGAUACUCUCUGUCUCAAGUCGGGCUAAAUUUAAUGGUAACUCGAGCCAUAAUCGCUCUUGGACCUAUGGCCAGCUGAAUACGAGUUCAGAUCAUCCAAAUGCUAAUGCUGGACGCAUUGAUUUGAACUUGUGUGUUACCGAAAAAGGGAUAGAAGAUAUUCGAUCAACAUCUUCUGUAAGAACCAAUGUGAGGAUUGCUGAGAUAGACUUGGAGAUGCCAAUGAACAGCGAAAUGGGAACUAAGGAUACCUUGGAUUACAAGUCUCUUGAAAACAACCUUACGAAGCCUUCCAACGUGUUACAUGGUGAAGUCGAUGAGACUCUGGGACUCACUAGUGCUUCCGUGGCAGCCGAGGCUCUAAUUGCCAUAUCAUCAUCCUGCGUGAGCUAUCUUCAUCAGAAUGCCCGCUCAGACAAAUCAGAAGUAUCAGCAAGCGAUUCACUUCUUUGGUUUGCUGAGAUCGUUACUUCCUGCAGGAGUGAUACCGAGAAUGAUGUCGGGUGA